AUGUUUAAAUUAGAUGUUCGUCAUUAUGUUGCUACAUUAAUGCAUCCACGAUACCGACAACUUAAAGGCUGUACAAGAGAUGAACGAGAACAACAGCAACAAAAAGAAGAUUGUCAACCUCCACGAAAAAAAUCAAAAAUCAAUUGUUAUAUUCUGGAAGAGUAUGAAGAUGAUAGCGAUGAUGGCGAGCAAUUCAAUGAUGAAUUUAAUAGUUCUGAAAGUGAAGAUUAUGUAUUUAAUCCGCCGAAAUCGGAUGAAUUACCUCAUUAUUUGUGUUUGAAAAUGGUUAAAACAAGUUUAACUGAUAAUCCAUUAGAUUUCUGGCUCGAAAACCAAAAUAUUUUUCUUGUGCUAUCAAAAUUGGCUCGCCCGAUUCAUUGUAUACCGGCAUCCUCAGUAGCUAUUGAACGUCAAUUCAGUGGUGCAGGUUUUAUCAUUAACGAGCGACGAACGGCAUUAGAUCCUGAACAACUCAACAAUAUCAUUUUUAUUCGAUCCAUGAAAAAUAUCAAAUUGAUUUAA